AUGGGAUCGUCAGCCCCGGACCACGUCGCCGUUCAAGUGGGCGAGUCGGACACCACGAUCCUGUCGCUGGGCGCCGGCUCGUGCGCCAUCGAGACCACGCGGCCGAAGGGGACGAAUGCGAGGGAGGGGCUCUGUGCGCGGCCCCUGGCGACGAUCCCCGCGGCCGCCCUCGGCGCGGGGGCCGUGCUGGUGUUCCUCUUCGGCCUGGUGUCGAUCGCGGCGGGGGAUGGCCUGCUCCUGGGGGCGGGGGUCAUUGCGCUGAUUGGCAGCGUGGGGUCAGCGGGGUACGCUUGCGUGAUGGGAGGCGUGCGCGCGCAGCUGGACAGAUUCAAGGCGCAAAAUGAGAGGCUGAGCCGCACGUCGGGAGAGCUGGCCGGGGCGACGGAGCGGCUGGAGGGCGCGAACAAGCUCAUCGCGGCCAAGGUGGAUGGGCUGGAGGGGACCGUGGACGAGCUGCAGGGUGUGAGCGAGGAGCUGAUGCGCGACCUGGAGGGGUUCGGGGAGCUGAGGACGGCGAUGGAGGAGAUGGCGGCCAAGAGCGGCGCGGAUCUGGCCGAGACCGUGGGCAGCAUCAACGGGGUUUAUGACAGGCUGUACGGCCUGACGCUGGAGAACGAGAAGGCGCUGCUGAAGCGGGCGGCCCAGGACCUCGAGUUCCUGGACCGCGACGAGGACUUCUCGAAGCAGGAGUUCCAGAGGUUCCUGCAGCGCAUCCCCACGCAGUUCCGGCGGAGGUUCGAGGCGUCGGGCCUGACGUUCGAGGCCGUGGCCGGCGAGGACCAGGAGAUCUCCUUCAAGGAGAUGGGCGGCCUGAUCGACAGGCUGCUUGCAGAGAACGACGAGAAGCGGAGCACCGCCUCGCCGAAGGCCAGUCGCUGA